AUGACUUCACACAUGGAAAUUGAGUACUGCUAUCCAAACUUAAAUUAUUCAUGUGCGAAAAACCCACAGUUACCAGGGACUCGUGCUGCUCUGUACAUUUUCAUUUCUUUUUGUAUAACAGUGACUAUAUGUGGAAAUUUAGUGGUGAUUAUUUCAAUCUCCCACUUCAGGCAGCUCCAUAGCCCUACUAAUGUAAUGGUCUGUUCUUUAGCAGUUGCUGAUUUUCUCGUAGGAUUCAUUGUUAUGCCGCUCAGCAUGAUAAGAUCUAUCGAGUCAUGCUGGUAUCUUGGCUCCCUGAUCUGCAAAAUCCACUCAGGCUGUGACAUGAUGCUAUGCACAUCAUCGUUAUUUCACUUGUCCUUCAUAGCAGUCGAUCGUUACUGUGCAGUGUGCGACCCUCUUCUCUAUUAUCGAAGAAUUACUGUCAAUACAGCUCUUCUGCUUGUGUUAAUAAGCUGGACACUUCCUUUUGUCUUUGCUUUUGGUGUUGUUUUGUCUGAAACUAAUUUAAAUGGAAUUGAAGAAUACACUGCUUCACUUUCUUGCCUAGGUCAAUGCAUGCUUUUAUUCAAUAAAUUGUGGGGUAUAUUAGCUUCUGUAAUAGCCUUCCUUGUUCCAGGCACAGCAAUGGUAUUAAUUUAUGUUAAAAUCUUUUCUGUGGCAAGAAGACAUGUAAGAGUUAUUAACAUGAGGGCAGACAAUCUACAACAAGCUGACAAGAGUAAAUCGCUGGACUCAAGAAAGAAUGAAAGCAAAGCAGCUAAAACUCUGGGUAUAGUAAUGGGUACCUUUAUAUUGUGCUGGUUUCCAUUUUUUGUUGUAACUGCUGUUGAUCCUUUUCUUAAUUUUGCAACACCUGCCAUUCUUUUUGAUCUGUUUAUAUGGCUUGGAUAUUUUAAUUCUACUUUUAAUCCAAUAUUAUACAGUUUAUUUUAUCCUUGGUUUCAGAAAGCACUACACAUCUUAGCAACUGGUAAAAUAUUUAGAAAUGAUUCUUCUACAAUGACAUUGUUUCAGGUUAAUAUUUGA